GCAGCCAUGGUGCGGUGCGGGGCCCGCCGCCGCCUCUGAGCGCCGCCAGACCCCGCACGACCCCGCGCCGCCGCCUCCGGCUCGCCCUGGCCGGCAGAAUGGACUACUGAAUUGAGAAUUAUUGCAGACUCAACAGUACAGCACAGCUCGUUGCUCCGUCUAUUACUAGUUAUUUAAAUUGGACUUUUAAUAUCCUGCCAGCUGCUGUUCACACACACAUGGUGCAUUGUUGCCAUUCUCAGAAUUGCAUCUUUGAAACCCAGACCCUCAGUAACCUUCAUCGAACAAAGAGGCGACCUCCUGCAUACACUUAUAGAGGGAUUUUUUGGACCUGCUGCCCUCUAGCUUUCUUGCUGGUGCUGUAUUUCUAAGACACUAUGGAGCCCAGUAUGGAGUACUGCUUAGCGCAGGUGCUGCAGAAGGAUGUUGGAAAGAGACUUCAAGUUGGCCAGGAGUUGAUAGAUUACUUCUCAGAUAAACAGAAGUCACAUGAUCUUGAACACGAUCAAACUAUGCUGGAUAAAAUGGUUGAUGGACUUGCCACUUCUUGGGUGAAUUCCAGCAAUUAUAAGGUGGUUCUUCUGGGGAUCGACAUCCUUUCGGCGCUGGUGUCCCGCUUGCAAGAUCGCUUCAAGGCCCAGAUUGGCACAGUGCUGCCAAGUUUACUUGAUAGGCUGGGAGACUCUAAGGACUCUGUGAGGGAGCAGGAUCAGACCUUGCUGCUAAAAAUCAUGGAACAAGCUGCUAACCCUCAGUACGUGUGGGACAGGAUGCUCGGAGGUUUCAAACACAAGAAUUUCCGGACAAGAGAAGGGAUUUGCCUCUGCCUUAUUGCAACGCUCAAUGCAUCUGGAGCUCAGAGUUUAACACUGAGUAAGAUAGUGCCACAUAUAUGUAACUUACUUGGAGAUCCAAACAGCCAGGUUCGAGAUGCAGCAAUAAACAGUCUUGUGGAAAUUUACAGACAUGUUGGUGAACGUGUAAGGGCUGAUCUCAGUAAAAAAGGAUUACCCCAAUCCCGGUUGAAUGUAAUUUUUACAAAAUUCGAUGAGGUCCAAAAAUCUGGAAACAUGAUUCAGAGUUCAGGUGAUAAAAUUUUUGAUGAUGAAGACUCUGUGGAUGGAAACAGACCUUCCUCAGCUAGCUCCUCUACAUCUUCAAAGACCCCCGCAAACUCUCGCAGAGUUGGGAUGGGGACUACCCGUAGACUUGGGUCUGCAGCUCUGGGCUCCAAGUCUUCAACCAAAGAGGGAGCAGGUGCUGUGGAUGAGGAAGACUUCAUUAAGGCAUUUGAAGAUGUCCCAACGGUUCAGAUUUAUUCUAGCCGGGAUCUUGAGGAAUCCAUAAACAAAAUAAGAGAGAUACUGUCUGAUGAUAAGCACGACUGGGAACAGAGAGUUUCUGCAUUGAAAAAGAUCCGCUCCUUACUUUUGGCUGGAGCUGCAGAAUAUGAUAACUUUUUCCAACACUUAAGACUUUUGGAUGGAGCAUUUAAAUUAUCCGCUAAAGAUCUGCGAUCUCAAGUAGUACGAGAGGCUUGUAUCACGUUGGGACAUUUGUCAUCAGUUCUGGGAAACAAGUUUGACCAUGGGGCAGAAGCCAUCAUGCCAACAAUUUUUAAUCUAAUUCCAAAUAGUGCCAAAGUCAUGGCUACUUCUGGUGUUGUAGCAGUUAGAUUAAUCAUUCGACAUACGCACAUCCCUCGAUUAAUACCCAUCAUAACCAGUAAUUGUACCUCCAAGUCUGUUGCAGUUAGAAGGCGCUGUUUUGAAUUUCUAGACUUGCUGUUGCAGGAGUGGCAAACACACUCCCUUGAAAGACACAUAUCAGUGUUGGCUGAAACCAUAAAGAAGGGAAUUCAUGAUGCAGACUCUGAAGCCAGGAUAGAGGCAAGAAAGUGUUACUGGGGUUUCCAUAGUCACUUCAGCAGGGAGGCAGAGCAUUUGUACCACACCUUGGAGUCUUCUUACCAGAAGGCCCUGCAGUCACACUUGAAGAACUCUGACAGCAUCGUAUCCUUGCCCCAGUCAGAUCGCUCCUCCUCCAGCUCCCAAGAGAGUCUCAACCGUCCACUGUCUGCCAAAAGAAGUCCUACUGGAAGCACCACAUCUCGAGCAUCUACAGUAAGUACAAAAUCUGUGUCAACACCAGGAUCUCUGCAGCGAUCCCGCAGUGACGUCGAUGUGAAUGCAGCAGCUAGUGCCAAGUCAAAAGUGACGUCUUCUGGAGCAUCCACCCCCUUCAGUUCUGCUGCAGCCUUGCCCCCAGGCUCAUACGCAUCACUAGAUGGUACUACCACUAAAACCGAGGGUCGGAUCCGUACACGGAGACAGAGCUCUGGCAGUGCCACAAGCGUCACCUCAACGCCUGCCGAUACCCGAGGCCGCAGCCGGGCUAAAGUGGUGUCCCAAUCCCAGCGAUCCAGAUCAGCUAAUCCUGCUGGUGCUGGUAGUCGGUCUAGUUCUCCGGGUAAGCUGUUAGGAAGCUCUUAUGGUGGCCUGAGUGGUGGAACAUCCAGAGUCCAGGCAGUGCCAUCAUCUUCAGAGAAGCGCAGCAAGAUCCCUCGGAGCCAGGGAUGCAGUCGGGAGACAAGUCCCAACAGAAUAGGACUAGCACGGAGCAGUCGUAUCCCCCGACCCAGCAUGAGUCAGGGGUGCAGCCGCGAUACCAGCCGUGAGAGCAGUCGAGAUACAAGCCCUGCUCGGGGCUUUCCUCCACUUGCUUCUCGACGUCAUUCCAGGUCCACUAGUGCUCUCUCCACUGCUGAUUCUGUUGGGCAGUCAGACCGGUUUGGACUCGGACAGCCAGGCAGGAUGCCUGCUUCUGUGAAUGCCAUGCGAGUCCUGAGCACAAGCACAGAUCUGGAGGCUGCUGUGGCUGAUGCACUGCUGUUAGGAGACUCCAGGAGCAAGAAAAAGCCAGUGAGAAGGAGAUAUGAGCCCUAUGGGAUGUAUUCUGAUGACGAUGCGAACAGCGAUGCCUCCAGCGCUUGCUCGGAGCGCUCCUAUGGCUCCAGGAACGGGGGCAUUCCUCACUACCUGCGCCAGACUGAAGAUGUGGCUGAAGUCCUGAACCACUGUGCCAGCUCCAACUGGUCAGAAAGAAAAGAGGGGCUCAUAGGUCUUCAGAACUUAUUGAAAAGCCAGCGGACUCUGAGCCGUGUCGAGUUAAAAAGGCUCUGUGAAAUAUUUACUCGCAUGUUUGCUGACCCUCACAGCAAGGUCUUCAGCAUGUUUCUGGAAACCCUGGUUGAUUUCAUCAUCAUUCAUAAAGAUGACUUGCAAGAUUGGCUUUUUGUUCUCCUGACCCAGCUGCUAAAGAAGAUGGGAGCAGACUUGCUGGGGUCUGUGCAGGCUAAAGUUCAAAAAGCUCUGGAUGUCACCAGGGAUUCUUUUCCAUUUGAUCAACAGUUUAACAUUCUGAUGAGGUUUAUUGUAGAUCAGACCCAAACACCAAACCUGAAGGUGAAAGUUGCCAUCCUGAAGUAUAUUGAGUCCUUGGCAAGACAAAUGGAUCCAACAGACUUUGUGAACUCGAGUGAGACAAGACUUGCUGUAUCUAGAAUUAUAACGUGGACAACUGAACCAAAGAGCUCAGAUGUGAGAAAGGCAGCACAAAUAGUCCUGAUUUCUCUCUUCGAAUUGAAUACGCCCGAGUUUACCAUGUUACUUGGUGCCUUGCCAAAAACAUUCCAGGAUGGUGCUACCAAGCUUCUGCAUAACCACCUCAAGAACUCCAGUAACACCAGUGUGGGCUCCCCCAGCAAUACCCUUGGUCGAACUCCUUCCCGGCACUCCAGCAGCAGAACCAGCCCCUUAACUUCACCUACCAACUGUUCCCAUGGUGGACUGUCUCCAAGUAUGCUGGAUUAUGACACGGAGAACCUAAAUUCUGAUGAAAUCUACAGCUCUCUUCGUGGAGUCACAGAAGCGAUUGAAAAAUUUAGUUUCCGUAGUCAAGAGGAUCUGAAUGAGCCAAUCAAACGUGACGGAAAGAAAGACUGUGACAUUGUGUCUCGAGAUGGUGGCCUCGCUUUGCCUACCAGUGAUGUCCGUGGAAGUGGUGACAUUGUGGAAGGUGGAAGGAUGGCUCUAGAUAACAAAACCUCCCUACUUAACACCCAGCCCCCCCGCGCCUUCUCAGGGCCACGCACUCGAGAAUACAACCCCUACCCUUACUCUGACACAAUUAACACUUACGACAAGACUGCCCUGAAGGAAGCAGUGUUUGAUGAUGACAUGGAUCAGCUUCGGGAUGAAGUACCCAUUGACCACUCAGAUUUGGUGGCUGAUCUUCUGAAGGAGCUCUCCAACCACAAUGAGCGUGUGGAGGAGCGGAAGGGAGCUCUCCUGGAACUGCUGAAGAUCACAAGGGAAGAUAAUCUUGGAGUUUGGGAGGAACAUUUCAAAACCAUUCUGCUUUUGUUGCUGGAAACGCUUGGAGACAAAGAUCAUUCAAUAAGAGCUCUGGCACUGAGAGUCCUGAGAGAGAUCUUACGGAACCAGCCAGCAAGGUUUAAGAACUAUGCAGAGUUGACCAUCAUGAAAACACUGGAAGCACAUAAGGAUUCCCACAAGGAGGUCGUCAGAGCUGCUGAAGAAGCUGCUUCCACCCUGGCAAGUUCCAUCCACCCCGAGCAAUGCAUCAAGGUCCUUUGCCCCAUCAUUCAGACUGCAGAUUAUCCAAUUAAUUUAGCUGCCAUCAAAAUGCAGACAAAAGUAAUUGAGAGGAUUUCCAAGGAAUCGUUGCAUCAGCUCCUUCCUGAUAUAAUUCCUGGGUUGUUGCAGGGUUAUGAUAAUACAGAGAGCAGUGUCCGUAAAGCUAGUGUAUUUUGCCUAGUGGCAAUUUACUCAGUAAUUGGAGAAGAACUGAAACCUCAUCUUGCACAACUCACAGGAAGCAAGAUGAAGCUACUAAACUUGUACAUAAAGAGGGCCCAGACCACCAACAGUAACAGCAGUUCCUCUUCAGAUGUUUCAACGCACAGUUAAUGGAGAUAUGUGGACAUAUGUGUAGACUUAGAAGCAAUCAACGGUGCCUCUCAGAGACCUUUCUGCUACUUUUCACUGGCGCGCUCCAUCAGCUCAAGGAGGCCAUGCAGAUAUUUAUUGCAAUCAGUAUUUUAGACCCUUAAAAGCUUUUAUGUAGAAUCUUACUGGUAUUGAAUGUAAAGGAAGCAAGGUCUGUGUUGCAGUCUUCAUUAAAAGUGAACAACCGAAAGCCAUACUUAAACAUAUUUGUAUAGCCUGCUGAAAUCUUGGAAAUAUGUUUAGGUUAGUGUUCCAAAACUGAGUCCAAGAACCUGGACACACGUAAAGGUCAAACAAAUCUUGUUGGUUUAGUUCACGCCCAGUUUUGGUUUCUGUAGUAGUUCCAUGCUCUCUCCCCAUGGCUGCAGCUGUUCUGCCUAGGUUCUCCUCUUUUUACAAGUCCUGUGGUCCUGUUUUGUACUCCCUUGACUAAUGUGCAGGGCUCUCCAUGGAGAGAUCUUUGCAGAUGUGGCUGUGAUUGCAGCCUCGGAUGCUUUAAUACUGAGAGAUAUCAAGUGAGUAAUGAAAAAGUAGGUUCUUUUUAAACAUCUGAGUUUUUGUACAUAGUUAUUCUGACAGACCUCUGAUGGGCUGAUUUCUCUCUAACUGCUCUCCAGCCUGCUGUGCUGAGCAAAACAGCUGGGCUCUCACUCCUUUAAUUGACUGUAAAUACUUUUCCCUUCCCAAUCCGUUUGGCUCUUUCCUAUGUUCAAAAGACUCCUCAGUUUACCUGUUACACCUCAAAGGGAACCAGAGACCCAAUUCUGGGACUGACGCCUAUGAUGGGACACUGGAGUUAGGUGGGUGUGUGUUGGAUUAGGCUCUGAAGGUGUCUGUGGGUGGGCAGUGGGAGCUGGCAGGGCUGUAUCAUGGAGCUGCCUCAUGAGGCCCAGCUGCAUUUUUCUUGAAUUCUGUUUCAUCAAAGGGCUGAUCUGCUGCUCUGACCUGACCCACUGGUGUUGGGUGGUGAAUGGCUUGGUCCCCACAGCUCCUUUGUGCUUUAGGCAAAAUGUUCAUCCGGGAGGGCAGAAAGGGCAUUUGAAACUGAACAAAAAAACCCCUGUGGAAGCACCUGCUGAGCCAGCUGGGACAGUGCUGGUUGCCUUGCUACAGCUCCCCUCUUGUGCCUGAAGAGCCUGCAGUACUGUUAGCUGCCUUCAGAAACCUCUUCCUUCCUGGUCAGCCCCAUGCACAGCCCUGCUGGGUGCUCUGUGUUUUGGAGAGGUGUGGAGGGCCCUCACUGGGUAUUGCUGUCAGCAGGGUGCUCUGGGUGAGGGUGCAGCGACACAGAACAAGUCAGACCCAAACCAGCAACACCUUUCCCCAAAGGGGAGACCCUUCUGUUUGCAGAGGGUGAGCUCCCCCCACCUCUGCCAGUCUCCAGGGGAAACAGGAGGAUGCUAAUGCUGUGUUUGGCCUGGGGCUGGAUCCUGGCUGACAGGCAUACCCACCCCAAACCUACAAAUGGAUCAGAAUUGGGUUUUUGCCCCCUGUGAUACAAGAAGAUGGUGGAGCUGCAGAUGUGGUGAUGGAUGUGUGCUCCCUGGCUGCUCUCAGUGCCUUAGUCUCUCUCCAGCCCCCUCCAUUUCCCCUUGCGGGGGCUGAAGGGACACUUUGGUAGCCUACUGAGAAUGAGUUUCCAGUACUGCAGCGGGGAGGGGAAGGCCCCAUUGUUCUCCCUUUCCGUCUGUGCAUCCCUGUGUGUCUCGGCUCCAGCCUCAAGGAUCUGUACUGGGAGGUGAUACUUGGUACCAGCUCCUCUCCCGGUCCCUGGCUCAGGAGGGGUUGGGGCUGGUGGGAAAUGUGCAGGAGUAGACUGCAAUGCUUGUCAGACCCUUUCCCUUCUGACAGGAGGGCGGAGGAGGUGACCUGCUUCUGCCUUUGUCAGGAUGUGUCCAGGCUUUUGCUGGCUGCAGGGCUAGUUCCCUCAUUUCUCCCAAGGAGUUAUGCCAUGGCAGGAGAAACCAUGUGAACCUGGAGGGUGGGAUUCCCCCAGGGUCUUCCUGCAGGCUCAGAAAAGCCAUCCUUGCCGGAGGAAGGAUUGGCUGCUCCGUGGUUUGUAUCUCCCUUUCUGUGGACCAUUCCUUUUAAACAACUUUCAGUAUGCUUGUUAGAAUAUCCUUUUUUAAAUUUUUGGUUUAUUCAAAUUAGUUUAACAUGAAUUUAUUUUCCCUUUUGAGGAAAUACUCAGCCGACUCGUUGGCAGCAGUUAGCUGUCUUGUUUGAGUUUUUAGUAAUGGGUUUGGUUUUUUGUUGUUGUUUUGUUUGGGUUUUUUAACUUUUGCUCUCACUGCUUAGUAUUUAUGCUUUUUUUUUUUUCCUCCCCAUCUCAGUUCAGCAUCUUCUGUUCCAGUUCUGGGGUUCAGAAGGUCAGCAUAGCUGACCGGAUGGCGAUUAGUCCCUCCCAGCUGUGAUGGAGCUUGGUCCCAUCACUGUUUUCUGUUGAUUUUUUUAUGAUUUUUUUGAAUGGCACACUGUAGCAAAUCUCCAGGAAUUGAAUUCCUUCUCAAAUGAUUUUAUAUAUUUUAUAAAAUCCUGAGAGUAUGCACUGAGAGUGAACGCACUGUAACGUCCCUGAGCCAGCCCUGGCGCUGACACUACGGUAGGAGUUAACAGCUUCUCCUUCAACAGACACGUGGAACCUGCUGUGGCUCUGGCCACGAGCCUGUGUUUUCCCAUCCUAUUGGCACACUUGGGGCUGCAAGUGGUAGAACCAGGCCUUACUUUCUGCAUCAGAUUCUGUUCUGUUUGUCAACAGAUGCUCAUUAACGUGCUACUUAAUUUUGUUAUGUGAGUCAGUCGAGGACUGUUCAUCCUUUGAGUACUCUAGCAGUAUGUGAUACCUGUAUCCAGUAGAGAGCAUUCUGCUUUUAGCUAUUUAUAAAUCAUUGCGUAUAUUGUACACAGUGAGGUUGUUCAGUAUGUUGAACAUGACCCCGUUUAUUACUUUUGUUUUGCAUUUCCUUUGAAGUACUCAAAGGGCUAGCUCUGAAUGUCACCUCUGAUCUCCAGUGUUCUGACUUCAACAAGCUGUACAAUCAUUUUUCUUUCUCUUCAACAAGCAUAAAGGUCUCUCUGGCCACAAAUCAGUGUCCAUGCACGCUUGCAGAGACAGAUCUGCACGCUGGCAGUGCCUCACCGCCCCGGUGAAGCUUGUGUUCACCUUCUCCUAGCAGUAGCCACCUACUGCAGCUGCCUUUUUUUGUUUUCCUUGCUGCCCAUUAUGCAGGGCUUCAAUUUUUUCGUACCUUUAAAAGAAAAAAAAAAAAAGUAAAAAAAAAAGUGUAUUUUCUUUGCCCACCAUGCUUUAAAAGUCUGAAUGGGAGAAAACUCUCAGCAGACAGCAGCUCCGGGCUGCAAGGUUGCCGAAAUCUCAGAUGUGGAUGUUUUUUCUGCCAUUGGCUGCACCAGUGCUCCGUGGGCAUGGGCAAGUACCAGAUCCAUCCGCCCCACAGGUCUACGUACUGUAGUUCUCAUGUAGUGCAGAAAUAUCGAGGCAUGUGGCUUUCUUAAGGUACACUAUGUGUGCUUGCCUGGAUGACAAUACAAUACGAGACUGUCUUUUUUAUUGCUUAUUACUAGCUUACCAAUAACCUGUUAUAAGUAACGUAACUCGCAUCUUUGUCAUCAAAACCUUUUCUCCCCACCCCUUUAUUUAUCAAGCAUAAUAUUACGUAUUAAGGGAAAGAAAGCUAGACUUUGUAGAAUACAGCAGGACGUUGCUAACGAUGUUUUAAAUGGGAAGUAAAAACUGCUCUGAAGAAUGCCAGCCAUGAGAAAUGGCUUUGUUGGCACCGUGUUCAUGCGCAUGUAUUUUUUUUUCUAUUUUUUCCGCUUUUGUCAUGUUACAUCCAUAUCUGUAUUUAUAUCUUAUUUGUUUCACUUUUGAGUGUAUCAUGGCAAUUGUACAGAUGUUUUUGUUAACAUUUAUGUGAUAGAAUUUGCUAAAAAAAUAAAACUAAAAUAAAACCUUUUGAGUUUGCCCUAGAAUAA